AUGAAUAUCGAGCAAUACAAUCCAUCAAUACCAUCCCAAUCUCUAAAAAACACUUCUAAAAAGGUGAAGAAGUAUGGGCAUAACUCCCGAAAGAGAGACGAGGCUUUAGUAGAAGCCCUCAUUUAUGCCCAUCCCUUCAACAAGAAGCCCGGGAAAAAAGACGAGCUUUGGGAGAAGGUCCGAACGAUUGUGAACAAGGUGGAUGAGCAUCUUGAGAGUCUUUCUCCUACCGCAAUCAAGAACCGGCGCGAGUAUCUUCUUAAGAUAUACAAGCAGAAGGAGAAUGAAGACAAUAAUGCACGUGGCAACAACGACUUGUACCCUGAGCUCGAAAGGCUACUUGCUGAGCUUGUUGCACUGGGGGACGAUUUGAACGAAGAGAAGGAAGAUGAGAAGAAGGUGAAGGAUGAAGAAGUGGCCGAGAAAGAAAGAUGGGACGAGUUGAUAAAAGACCGGGCAACAAGAUCGGUCGAACUUCUCUGUCAAGGUCCUUCUUCUUCCAAGAAAAGAAGAAUCGAGGAUGACAGAGAGAGUAGAGAGGGUAGCCGUAGCCCGAAAAGAGUGCAGCAAGAUGCAGAAAAUGCAAACGCAUACUUCGUCUUGAAAGAUUUCAAGGAUGAAAUCAAGGAUGUGGUUGACGUCGAUACCGACUACGAGAUGAUCGGAACGAUGCGAAGGAUGGAGGAAAAGAUAUCCUCUCUUGCUGAUAGCAAUGAGAGGAUUGUUGAGGAGGUUAAAGGUACCCGAGAGGCGAUCUUAGACUUUAAAGAUGUGCUCUGCAGAUUCCUCACUGCAAUUGCCCCUCCACCUUUGCAGUAA